UGUUAUGAACAAGCGUAGAGAUUUUGAGUGUCUUAAUUUGUAAGAAAAUAAGUAAAAUAAAAAACAGACCAUACAAAUAAAUGUAAAUUCUUAUUAAUGUAAAUUAUUCAUUUAAAGUUUUUCCAGAAAACGGACAAAUAUUGAUAUUUAUGAAAUUGGAUUAAAAACCCAGAGAUUACCACCACAAAUGUAAAGAUCUGUUUAUUUACAGGUUAUUAGAAAUCAAACAAUAAAGCAGGGCAUUGGUGAGGAAAAAAAUGAAUACAAGAUGGCAGAAAUCAUACUACUAAUAUUAAUUAUAUUUAGGUAUGCAAUUGUGUUACAUGUAAAGAUUAUUAAAACACAGCAUGCAGUCCACACAGAUACUAUGUUAGAGUUGUAUAUUUAGAUGUAAUUUAAAAAGUAAUCAAAGCAGGCAACCAUGGCAAAGAAAAACAUUUAAUCAAAUAACGGCAGUAAACAAUAUUUUCAAUACUGUUCAUUAUAUGAUUAUCCAUCCAUCCAUUCCUUUUCUCCUCACAAGGGUCGCGGGCGUGCUGGAGCCUAUCCCAGCUGUCAUCGGGCAGGAGGCGGGGUACACCCUGAACUGGUUGCCAGCCAAUCGCAGGGCACAUACAAACAAACAACCAUUCGCACUCACAUUCACACCUACGGGCAAUUUAGACUUUCCAAUUCAUGCAUGUUUUUGGGAUGUGGGAGGAAACCGGAGUGGCCACCGUGCCGCCUUAUAUGAUUACUAAUUUGUUAAUAUAGUUGUAGCUGAAUAAUUAAAUGUUAUUUGACAAACUGUGUAAUGACAAUAAAGAUGCAAAUUAUUUAAAAAGAAAAAAAAUAGAAAUGAAGCAAGCCUUUUCACUGCACUGUCUGCCAUAAAACUAAAUGCAAAAAAUAUAUUCUUUCAAUUAAUACUGAUUUUGCAAUUACUUCAUUAUUUUGUUUAUAUAUAUUCGCUGUCUUUGCCGACAUUGUUGUAGUUUUAAAAAAGUAAUUAAAAAAAAAAAAAAAGACGUCCAAAGAUUGACAGCUGUGCGUGCGUGCGCGAUCACGUCCUGUACGUCAACGUCAUCCGUGACGCAAUUGCCCUUCCGAUCCGACGAAAUCCCAGCGGCGGCGCGCGCGCUCCCACACGGCGGUGAAUGGGGGCAGUCCAACUCAAAUCGAGAAAUUAGUCCCUUGUCUCUUCGCUCUACACGCCGGUAGUUUACACUCGCCCUGCGCCACCACCGGGCACCAGCUAGCACGGUAGCUCGCCCCGAUAAGAGGGAAAAGAAAAGAAAAGAAAAAAAGUCCACCGUCGAGUUCGGGCCAGCGUGUCGUCGCCUUCCUUCGCAGCCGAGUGAAGCAGCGAAGCGACGGGUGGAGCUGCGCGUGAGAGUGUGUCCAGGAAUGAGCAAUGAUGGCCGGCUGUGCAGCAGAGGAGAAAACCUUCCGACGGUUCCUGGAGCUCUUUCUCCGGGAGAUGAGCCCUCCUCUGCAGGACAGCGACCCGCUGCCCUGUCGCCCCUUGACGGACCUGGUGUGCGAGGACGAGGUGGAGGGGGAAUGCCUCGAUUUGUGUCUGCAGCACCUCUACAAAUAUAACUGCCCGUGCUCGCUGGCGGCGGCCUUGGCCAGGGCAACGUCGGACAGCAUCCUACAGAGCGACCUCACCAUCCACCACCUCAUCAAGAGCGUGGAAGAUGGCGUUGGCCCUUUACCACAGAUCGAGGCGGUCAAGUUGGCGCGGCUCAUCUUCAACCGGCUCUUCGAGACGUGCGGCGCGUGGACCAAGGAGCUGCCCUACCGCCGCCGCCCGCAGCCCUACUACGAGACGUCCAUCCACGCCAUCAAGAACAUGAGGCGCAAGAUGGAGGACAGGCACAUCAUCAUCCCUGACUUCAACACACUCUUCAACAUUCAGGAUCAGGAAGAACAGGCAUUCUUUGCCGUGUUUGACGGACACGGUGGUGUGGAUGCCGCCAUUUACGCCGCCAACCAUCUCCACGUCAACCUGGCGCGCCAGGACUCUCUAAGCCAGGACCCCGGCGAAGCCCUCCGUCGCGCCUUUAAAAUCACAGACGAGCACUUUGUCAAGAAAGCGUCACGGGAGAACUUGCGCUGCGGCACGACGGGCGUGGUGACGUUCCUCCGCGGUCGGACGUUGCACGUGGCCUGGCUGGGAGACUCCCAGGUCAUUCUGGUCCGCCGGGGGGAAGUGGUGGAGCUGAUGAAACCGCAUAAACCAGACAGAGAGGACGAGAAGCAAAGGAUCGAAGCUCUGGGAGGCUGCGUGAUCUGGUUCGGGACCUGGAGGGUUAACGGCAGUCUGUCGGUAUCCAGAGCCAUAGGCGACUCGGAGCACAAACCCUACAUCUGCGGAGACGCCGACCACGCCGCCUUCCCGCUGGACGGCUCGGAGGACUACCUGCUCCUGGCCUGCGACGGCUUCUGGGACACGGUGAGUCCGGACGAGGCGGUCCGCGUGGUGAGCGACCACCUCCAGGAGAACACCGGCGACACCGCCAUGGUGGCGCACAAGCUGGUGGCCUCGGCCCGCGACGCCGGCUCCAGCGACAACAUCACCGUCAUCGCCGUCUUCCUGCGGGACCCGCGCACCCUGCCGGCGCCCGCCAGCACUGAAGAGGACGAGGACGAGGGCGCGACAGAGGCCGAGGCGGAAGAGGAGCCCGUGGCGGAGGCGGAGGAGGAACCAGAAGAGGAGGAAGAAGAGGAGGCGGCUAGGGCGGAGCGAGGCGGAGAGGGGGGCAGCGCAGCGGACAACGGGGGGAAAAGCCGCGGCGGCUGGCCCCUGCAGCAGUGCUCGGCCCCCGCCGACCUCGGCUACGAAGACCGGACGGACUCCUUCACGGACAGAACCAGCCUCAGCCUAGUGGGGCCCGCGCUGGGGGGCCGCAUCCCUUUCGUCCGGGGCUCGCGCUUCUUGGAGAAACACCCGCUGAAGCGCAGGCCCCGCCGCACUUUCACAGACCCACUGGGGCCCCAGACCGCCUCACUGUUCAGCCGGGUCCUCAGGCCAAGUCGCAGGUUCGCCGGCCUCAGGUGGCGCCAUCGAUUCGCCGAGCCGCUAGAUUGCGCACCCCUCUACGCCAGCCGGAGACCUGGCGUGGGCGCGCCCCGACUGCCCCGCGACGCCGCCAUCUAAUGCGGGCCACCGCCCAAACAUGGAACCACCUCCCUCCAGUUAAUCCUCCUCCUAUCCGACACAUUUUGUUUUGUUUCUUUUUGGAUAGUUUAGACAGUUGUGGCUCCUGCGUUCGUAAACGUGACAAUUGACUGGUCCUGUCUGUCCAGGGGGAAAAAAACAAACAAAAAAAACCAAAUAUGUGUCAUCCAAGCCCACCAAACACGAGCUUCGCUUCAAAGUAUCCCACAUCGUCGUGAAGCUGCAAAGUGUUCACACGGAUGGUUUUGCUCACGAGAUGGGACUGAUUGUUCAGUCAGCAUAUUAACCAUCAAUGUCAUUGACAUCUUUAUUGGGAUGGGGGAGUCCCUCUCUGAAUGUUCUGAACUCCCGUUUUCACACCAUUGUCGUCAUUAGGCCGAAUAAGUCCUGCAGGAAUUGUGUAUCCACAGCGUGGGUCUAGCUCCCAAAGCUAACGUCAUGUUGUUCUUCUUACUUAAGACGGCAAACUAACUGAGACAAAAGCAACAGCGCCUCUGCUGGUUACGGCCAAGCGGUGCACUCCAUUUUUGCCUCCAUUGCACUAAGGCGCGAUCAGUUUAUUCUGCGGGAUUGGCGGAAUUCACCAUUAUUCGAUCGGUAUACCCUUCGCCAUUUAGUAGGUUAACUAGCGCUGCGGAUCGCCUAUGCCUGCAAAAAUGUGGAAUUCAAUUUUCCUGCUACCACAACACCAAAAGUGUAAUCUUGACAUGUCGUUCAAUCAAAAGCAUAUACCGGUAUUUCCAAAAUUGGCCCUUUUUUCACACACACAAAAAAAAAAAAAAAACAACCACCUUUUUCAGAUUUACAGUUUUUCACAUUUGAUGGUGCGUCAGCAAAUUUCACCGCCGUUCUUCGCCCACACACAAUGACAACAACUCGAAUUUGCAAAUUAGCGUUGUCCAUCUGUUGAGUAAAUGUUUCAAGUUGUAUCAUUUUCUUCCUAUAUUCUUAAAAUAUUUUUUCAGAUAAAUCAUAAGAGUUUUUGUUUUAUGGCGAGUCAUCAAACUUCGCUCGAUUCACAUAGCAUAACGAAAACUUAAAUUGUUUCCUCACGUAGCAUGUUGCUAAGUGAAAUUGGAUUCAUGUUUUUUGGGAUAAAAGCAAACAAAUUUGGCAGUGCUGGUACGUGCUUUUUUUUGGUCAGGAAGAUAAUUCCUUUCAGGUUUUUGGCACCGAUGCCACUGACCCCUCUCUCAUAAGAGCACUUAAACGGCGGAUUACCGAAGAUUAGUAGUCACUUACCUGAUCAGAUAUGGUAUCAUGGUUUUCCCCGAUGCAGAUUUAGCCCCUGCGCUGCGUUAAUGGAUUUUUGUGAGAGGACAAAGGGUGAGCGUUUGGCUAUGCGGUCCAUUGACGUCGGCGAACGUAAUUCUUAUCAGCGGAACACGGCGUGGACGCUUUGAACGCUCCAGACCAUGUGCCUUCUUCCCCAAGAACUUACUAAUACAUCACCGUCGAGACUGGAUCGUUAUCCUAUCGUAUUUGUGCCACUUUCCCAAAGAAACGUUGUCUUAAACUAGCAUAAUGACUGAAAACCGACUAGCCAGCUAGCUAGAUAGAUAGCAAUUAAAAUAUUAACAAAGUGGUCCAAGCAAAAUUUUUUGGGUUUCCGAUGAUACCAGGAAAAGUUGUCUUAAAAAUAGCCAAAUAACUGGAAACCAACUAGCCAGCGAGUCAACCAACUCUCCAAGUAAAGAGAGAGAAAUCUAAAUAUCAACAUAGUGGUCCAAGCUAUUUUUUUGCUCUCUAGUUUCCCAGUCUUCAUGCUAAGCUGUUUGCUUACAUAAAAGCAUAAUAAACUGUCCAUCAGCUCAUCUUUUAACAUUGCACAUUUUUUGUCGCUAACCAUCCUAAGCUCCCUAACGCAACACGUUUUCUUGUCUGUAAAUAAAGCUACAGUGUUAUAUCCUCUGCGAUGCUAAAAGAGAGCUAACGUCAAUAGCCGCGUGAUCCGUGGCUCCACUUUACUCCAGAAAGACCAAACAACAUAAUCAUGCCAAAGUAAUCCUCCUAAUAAAUUGAUAUGGUGACACUUUAUGGAUGGACAUUACACGAGAACCUUAUGCUAAAUAACCGCAUUGAAUUCUUAGCUCCGAGUUACAACAGCAUUUAAUGAAUAAUGAUGGAUUUAGUAUUACUCAGAAAUUAUAUAUAUAUAUAUAUAUAAUUUUUUUUUUUUUUAUUUGGUCAUUUGAUUUCAUACAAAGGCGGAGUUCAGUUGCGGAAUGAAUACUAUUUCGCGCUUGCGUACUUGGUGAAGUCGACCAAUGAAUUUUCUGCCUUUGGAGGUAGCAUCACAUGCCUCUUUUACACUGCCUUUAAAAGCUGUAAUUUCCCCCAAUUUUAUGCUGGUCAUUGUUCUGAAAUCGGCGGGACAAAGUUCACCCUGCAGUUCUACGCAAAGACGGAAAAAAAACGGUGUUUUUCCACAUCACUGUUCUGUAUAAAUUGCAUCAACACGGAAAUGGGAGGAAGUAGUCAACCUGGCAAUUUUCCAUAUUUGAAGGUAGUGUCAGAUGGUACUUUUACAAUACCCUUAAAUUUAUAAAUUGUUCUUUUUCAUUUUUGUUCCAGAAUUUCCUAUCUUUUUCUGCGAUGAACUGUAAAAAAAUGUUCCGCAUGUAAAAAAAACCGGUCGUUUUUCGUGUCUCCGGAGAAUUCGGGCCCGGCAAAUUUUCCGCCUUUAGGGGUAGUAACAGAUUUGGGGCUAUGUGUAUUUGGUCAUACCGGAACAGGAGUGUGAAGUUCAACAGCCGACACUCACUUCUCCCGCGCUGUUGUGUCGAAAGCAAUUAUCCCGACAGUUGCUGAUCUAUCGGAUUGCUGUGUCUCUGUGUGAAAGCAGCCAGCAAGGUGGACAAAUUGCAUUUUGCGGGCUCUCUGUGUGAUGUUGAAUGACAGUGUGAGCGCCACCUGUCUGUCAAAGACUGUCACUGUUUUCCUGCUGCUCCAUCCAGUACACAUGACCACUAAUAAUCGGUCAAUCAUUGUGAUGAACAUACCGUAUCUGCAGCUUUAAUUUAGCCGCCUUAAACCACAUCUUGCCAAUCAGAAUAUAUAGGCCUCACUAAAGGUUGGGGACAUUGGGUGUUUCCCACUUCUAUGUCUUUCUGUGACUCUUCCAGUCUCUCUAUACCUCUGUUGCAACCUGUUGAUGACAUCAUCAGCACCUGAGAUCUGACCUGGGGUGAAAGAGAAGUGGCACUAAAACAGGCCAAAAUCCAAAUGUCAGGAGCGUAUAGUAUCAUCUUGAGGUUGCAACAGAGAGACCGGAAGAUUCACAGAAAGGCCUAAAAUCUCGAACUUUUUGUGAAUAGUGUGUACCAGUAGUUGGUAGAGGCUUUUAUUUUGAGAGCACACAGCAUCUUGCAAUAAUGACGCUUUUUCAAUUCUAAUAAUCCUCUGUGAAUUGAUCAGUAAGGAUGUUUUAUAUUAGCUAAUACAUGACUAAUACUGCUUUAAUUACGUCAUUAUGUCAAGAUCCUUUACUGCUGUGCUGUUUUGAAAAAAAGAAAUUCAUUGUCACUGUACAAGCAAUAAAUCAAAGUUGGCCAUAAUGCCCGGUGGUAAUUUCUGAGGAAUCUUUACCCCUUCAUGAUGAUGAAAUCGAGCACCGUCGAAGUAAAAAUCACCUAAAAUACUUUUCAACGGUUUUGUCCUUGCUCACAUUUUCCAUGCAAUAAGGUAAUAUUUCUUGUACACCAACUUAAAGGCUUUUAUGUCAAAUAUGGUUUUGAAACCCGUUAACACUCAAUUGGUGAGCACUGGAGUUAAUUUACAAAAAACAAUAAUGUGGUAGCAUGAUGUACAACAUGCAUUGGAACCACUUCAUAUGUAAUUAUCCCUUGAUUGUCUGGCAAAAUAUGUACCAUUUAUAUGUACAUAAUUUUGUUUUAAAAGGAAAACAAUUUUGGAAAUCUGAAAAUGGGAGCAAAGACAAAAAAAUAAUUUUUGAAGCUAUAUGAGCAAAUGAGAACGAGAGCGGGCAAACUUUAUUUUUGUCAUUUUGCAGGAGAGUGAGUUUUAUGGCUGCAAUAACAUCCGGAAGAUUUAUAUGGCAAUUAUUACUUCUUCUGGACACGUGUUUUUAUUAGGCAUUUUGAAAUGAUGACACUUAUCCAUAACUGAGGUACUGUCAUCAUCUUUGUCGUGUCGUAGGUCAGAUCAUCUGGGUUGCCCGAAAGAAAUGAUUAAAGUUAAAAAAUGGAGUUAGCCCACUCUAGUCCUCUGUGGCUCAUUUUGGUUGCGUGUGUAAGAGCCCUUCUUGAAUCUUCACUGUCUAUUUACACAGAAAUGCUUUUUUUCUUCUCUCUGUAAGCAAUAAUGCGUUGGGGAAAAAAAAAAUGUAAAGUUCUCCGGGGGUUUGUCUGGUGGACAAAACCUGCGCGCUCUGAACACAAAGCCCCCGUGAUGAUGUGCAGGUUAAGUUUAAACAAAGUAUUAAAGAAAAAAAAAUAAUCACUACGUGUAUGAUGUGUGUUCCUGUAGUAUAUACAGUAAAUAAAUACGUGUACUGUAACUGGUGACUAACUAUCAUGUAUAUAAAGACUAGAACAACUCCA